UAGUUUUUUUCUUUAUUAUCUCAAAGAGUUUUUUUUUUUUUUUUUGGGGCAAAAAUAUUACCACUUAUAUAUUAUCAAUGGAUUUGGAAAGCAUACUCCAAUUUCUGGAGGAUAAGACCAUUUUGGUCACAGGAGCCACUGGCUUUCUUGCAAAGAUUUUUGUGGAGAAAAUACUGAGGGUCCAACCAAAUGUGAAGAAACUCUAUCUAGUUUUCAGAGCCUCAGAUUGUGAGAAAGCAGAGCAACGCAUGCAUAAUGAGGUGAUAGGAAAGCAGGUGUUCAGGGUACUAAGAGAAAAAUGGGGUGCAGAGUUUGAUUCCUUUAUAUCAGAAAAAGUGGUUGCAGUCCCUGGAGAUAUUACUUAUGAAAACUUGGGAGUAAAAGAUUUCAAUUUGAGGGAGGAGAUGUGGAAGAAUAUAGAUGUCAUUGUCAAUUCUGCUGCAACUACUGACUUUUGUGAAAGAUAUGAUGUUGCUUUUGGUAUAAAUACAUUGGGAGUUGAACAUGUUUUGAGCUUUGGAAAGAAAUGUGUUAAGCUGAAGAUGCUUGUUCACGUCUCAACUGCUUAUGUGUGUGGUGAAAGGGAGGGUCUAAUACUGGAGACUCCAUUAAAGAUGGGACAGACUUUGAAGGCAAGCUCCAGCUCCAAGUUGGAUAUUAAACUAGAAAAGAAACUGGUGUCCGAAAAACUGAAACAACUACAAGAGCAAGACAUUUCCCAACAAGAAAUUGCUAACGCCAUGAGCGAUUUCGGCUUGAAAAGGGCAAGAGAGUUUGGAUGGCCAAAUACGUAUGUAUUUACAAAGGCAAUGGGAGAAAUGAUUGCUGAAGAAGCAAAAGAUGAGGUUCCUCUGCUUAUCAUACGCCCUACAAUGGUUACCAGCACUUUGAAUGAACCUUUUCCUGGUUGGAUUGAAGGUUUGAGAACCAUUGACAGUGUAAUUGUUGGUUAUGGUAGAGGGAAGUUGACAUGCUUUCUCGCCUCUCCUACCUUGAUAUUUGAUUUGAUACCAGCUGACAUGGUGGUAAAUGCUAUGAUUGUGGCCAUGGUAGCUGAUCAUGGAAAUAAAUCCUCCGGUAAAAUUUAUCAAGUGGGGUCCUCACUGAAAAACCCUAUUAAAACAAAAAUGGUACGAAAUUUUUUAUUCCAAUACUUUGUUGAAAAUCCAUUGAUCAACAAGGAUGGGAAGCCAAUCAAAGUUCGAAUAGGGACAGCAUUGCCCAAUAUGCCUUCUUUCAGGAUCUACAUGCUCAUUCGCUUUAUGAUACCUCUCAAGAUACUGCAAGUGGUGAAUAUAGCAUUAUUCCAGUAUUUCAAAGACCUGUACGUUAGCAAUAAGCGGAAAAUCAAAAUGGUAAUGCGGUUGGUGGAACUUUACAAACCAUAUUUGGUCUUCAAGGGCAUUUUUGACGACUUAAACACAGAGAAGCUGAGGGUGAAAGCAAGGGAAAGUUGCAAAGAAUUGGAUGAUUUUAAUUUUGAUCCAAAGCGCAUUGAUUGGGAAGACUACUUUCUGAAUGUUCACAUUCCUGGCCUCAGGAAACAUGUUAUUCGUUGAUUUUUAAUAAUUCUAAAUUUAUUAUCUAUUUAUAUAUAUAUAUAAAUUUAU